UUCUUAUGAAGGCAAUUUGUUGUUUCUAUUGCCAAUACACUAACUAAGGGAAUCGAAUCGAAAUUAAGUGGAGAGUGUGUAGAAACUAAAUGGGGAACGAUGACAUGACAGAGAGAGUAGUUUUCGUGACCGUAGGGACAACGUGCUUCGAUGCUCUCGUCAGAGCCAUCGAUUCCGACAACGUUAAAAAGGCCUUGUUUGCAAAAGGGUACACUCACCUUCUCAUUCAAAUGGGUCGUGGAUCCUAUCUUCCUACUAAGUCUGAAGGAGAUGAUUGUUCGUUGGCUGUAGACUACUUCACUUUUUCUUCCAGUAUUGCAGACCAUCUCAGAUCAGCUUCUCUAGUCAUUAGCCACGCAGGAUCAGGUAGCAUAUUUGAGACCUUGCGGCUGGGCAAACCUUUAGUUGUGGUUGUAAAUCAAGAUUUGAUGGAUAAUCAUCAGAGUGAGCUGGCUGAAGAGCUUGCUGAUAGAAAACAUCUGUAUUGUGCUAGUCCUCAAACACUCCAUCAAACUAUAGCGGACAUGGAUUUAAGUUCUCUCCUUCCUUACUCCCCAGGUGAUGCUACACCAGUGGCCAAGCAUAUAAACAGAUUCCUUGGUUUUCCUGAUGAUUGAUCUAAUCUCUCUCUCUCUGCCCGAAAUAUUUUAAGUUUUAAUGAUGCAUAAAAGAUCAAUGUCUUUCAAGAAAUGUAUUAUGUAUGUGAUAUACAUAUACUCACAUUGCAUGCAUGUUCAAAUUGUGAGCUUAAUGUUCAGGUGUGAGUGAAAAUCGACAAUACAUCAAGUCAGACAUCAUGUUUAGCUUUGCUUUCCUGUCAUUCAUUACUUCCAUUUUCACUUGAUUGAACUUGCUUGGAUGAAAAGCAAUGAUAAAAAGCACAGUUAUGGCAAACCAUUAUUUCAGACAACUA